UUUUUUAAUGGUGUUUCUUGCGUCUUCGAAUCUCCUGUGACCGUUUGUAGAAUAAUUUUUCCACAAAUUACUGUGAAUUAGGACACAUUAUAUGUGAAAAUGUUUUCCACAAGUACACAGAAAAAGUUUUGGACAUUUAGUGAUGAGAUCGAGUUAGCACGCCUUCGUGAAAAACACAACUUAGAAUUCAUUGGAAGACACGGUGUUCAAGUUGACGAAUACCAAAAGUACAACUUGUUCCUGUCACCUGAAGAAGAAAGACUUCUGUUGCGACAAUAUGAACUACAUUUGAAAGAAUUUUGCAAAAGAUUCAGCCCUCCUAUGCCAAAAGGUGUCAUCGGUACUGCUUUUCAUUAUUUCAAGCGAUUUUACUUAUACAACUCGUCAAUGGAUUACCAUCCGAAAGAAAUCCUUGCUACCUGUGUUUACUUAGCAUGUAAAGUGGAAGAAUUCAAUGUAUCCAUCAGUCAAUUUGUAGCAAACAUCAGAGGAGACAGAGAAAAAGCAUCUGACAUUAUACUAAAUAAUGAACUACUGUUGAUGCAACAAUUGAACUAUCAUCUAACAAUUCAUAACCCAUUCAGACCUGUAGAAGGCUUCCUGAUUGAUAUAAAGACUCGAUGCUCACUUGCUAACCCAGAGCGUCUUAGGGGAGGCAUAGAUGAGUUCCUGGAAAAAGUCUUUUUGACUGAUGCAUGCCUUUUAUAUGCACCAUCACAGAUUGCAUUAGCUGCAGUGUUGCAUGCUGCUAGCAAGGAACAGGAAAACCUAGACAGUUAUGUCACUGACAUGUUAUUCCGAGAAUCUGGUCCAGACAAACUAGCAAUACUAAUUGAGGCUGUUCGUAAGAUUCGCUCAAUGGUGAAAAUGGUGGAAAGUCCAGCUCGAGAACGUGUGAGGGUUAUUGAGAAGAAGCUAGAUAGAUGUCGCAAUCAGGAAAAUAAUCCCGACAGUGAGAUAUAUAAGCGACGCAUGAGAGAACUUUUAGAUGAAGAUGAUGUGCCUAUGACUGGAGCUAGCCGGAUGUCUUUAGACACAAGCGGAGUCAAUCAAGUUCUAUCACCCUCUGCUUCUUGAAUUUGACUUAUUAAUUUAAUUUAGAUUUAAUAUUAAAUGACAUAAUU